CGGCGCCGCCGCCGGCCCGCGCCCGCCGCGCACCAUGAGCGUGAUCGACCACGUGCGGGACAUGGCGGCCGCGGGGCUGCACUCCAACGUGCGGCUCCUCAGCAGCUUGCUGCUCACAAUGAGUAACAACAACCCAGAGUUACUCUCUCCAUCUCAGAAGUUCCAGCUCUUGGUAUACCAUGCAGAUUCUCUCUUUCAUGACAAAGAAUAUCGGAAUGCUGUGAGCAAGUAUACCAUGGCUUUGCAGCAGAAGAAAGCGCUAAGUAAAACUUCAAAAGUGAGGCCUUCAACCGGAAAUUCAGCAUCUACGCCACAAAGCCAGUGUCUUCCAUCUGAGAUUGAAGUAAAAUACAAAAUGGCUGAAUGUUAUACAAUGCUGAAACAAGAUAAAGAUGCCAUUGCCAUACUUGACGGGAUCCCUUCCCGACAGAGAACCCCCAAAAUAAAUAUGAUGCUGGCAAACUUGUACAAGAAGGCUGGCCAGGAGCGCCCUUCGGUCACCAGCUACAAGGAGGUCCUGCGCCAGUGCCCGCUGGCCUUGGAUGCCAUUCUAGGUCUGCUGUCCUUGUCUGUCAAAGGGGCAGAGGUGGCGUCCAUGACCAUGAAUGUGAUCCAGACGGUGCCUAACCUGGACUGGCUGUCUGUGUGGAUCAAAGCCUAUGCCUUUGUGCACACUGGCGACAACUCAAGAGCGAUCAAUACCAUCUGUUCACUGGAGAAAAAGUCUUUAUUGCGGGAUAACGUGGACCUGCUGGGAAGCUUAGCGGACCUGUACUUCAGAGCUGGAGACAGCAAAAACUCUGUCCUGAAGUUCGAGCAGGCUCAGAUGUUAGAUCCUUAUCUGAUAAAAGGGAUGGAUGUGUAUGGCUACCUGCUGGCGCGAGAAGGGCGGCUGGAAGAUGUGGAGAAUCUCGGCUGCCGCCUUUUCAAUAUCUCUGACCAGCACGCAGAGCCCUGGGUGGUGUCUGGGUGCCACAGCUUCUAUAGCAAACGCUACUCCCGGGCACUGUACUUGGGCGCCAAGGCCAUUCAGCUGAACAGUAACAGUGUGCAGGCUCUGCUGCUGAAGGGAGCGGCGCUCCGGAACAUGGGCAGAGUCCAGGAGGCAAUCAUCCACUUCCGGGAGGCCAUACGGCUUGCACCCUGCCGCUUGGACUGCUAUGAAGGUCUCAUCGAAUGUUACCUCGCCUCUAACAGUAUCCGAGAGGCCAUGGUGAUGGCUAACAAUGUGUACAAAACUCUGGGUGCAAACGCGCAGACGCUAACGCUGCUCGCCAGCGUGUGUCUAGAGGACCCAGUGACGCAGGAGAAAGCCAAGACGCUGCUAGAUAAAGCGCUGAGCCAGAGGCCCGACUAUAUCAAGGCCGUGGUGAAGAAGGCGGAGCUGCUGAGCCGGGAGCAGAAGUACGAGGACGGCAUCGGCCUGCUGAGGAGCGCGCUGGCCAACCAGAGCGACUGCGUGCUGCACCGCCUGCUCGGCGACUUCCUGGUGGCCGUCAACGAGUACCAGGAGGCCAUGGACCAGUACAGCAUCGCGCUCAGUUUGGACCCCAACGACCAGAAGUCUCUGGAGGGGAUGCAGAAGAUGGAGAAGGAGGAGAGCCCCACGGACGCCACGCAGGAGGAGGACGUGGACGACAUGGAAGGGAGCGGGGAGGACGGGGAGCUGGAGGGCAGCGACAGCGAGGCGGCGCAGUGGGCCGACCAGGAGCAGUGGUUCGGCAUGCAGUGAGGCCCGGCUGCGCCGCCCGCGCAAAGCCAGGGGCCGCGGGCGGACGGACGGACGGACCACGCCCGGAGAAGCCGACGAGGUGCGAGCACGCACGAGGUGCAAGCACGCGGGGCACCGGGCGGCUGGCCAGGAAAAGGCGUGCGCGCCUGGCCCGCGCAGGGCCCUGCGUCCGGUGGUGACGGCCGGCCGCGGCUUCGGCCCGAGGUCGCUGCGGGUCCGUGUCCCCGGCCUCAUGCCGUAAAGGGGCCGGGCUCGUGGGCGGCGCCUGUAACCCCAGCCACUCAGGAAGGCGGAUCAACGGCAAUAAAGGAGGCCGUGUCCAGCUGCCCCGCCGCUGCCCACGUGAGGCCGUGCGGGCGGACCGGGAGGGCGCUGGGGGCGGCCGCGGCCGCGGAGCCGGUGAAAAGCCGGCCGGAGGCGUGGCUCAGGCGGAGUGCUGCCGGCUGAGAGCUGAGCCAGCUUUGCCGCCUGAGGCCAGGCCCGGCUGCCGCCAGCGGCCAGCCCAGGCGGGAACGUCCGCGAGACUCAGUCCAGGGGAAGACCAGGCUUGAGCGAGGAAGCUCGGGCAUCGCGGACCUGCGAGGGACGGACGGGAAGACAGCCCCAGCCCAGCGCGCAAGAGCGGACGCGCCCAGCUGCGAGUUCGAGACCCAGGACCGGCAACUACAGUGCGGCCUCCCCAAGCCCCCUGGCCGUCGCCCGUGGCCUUUCCUGCGUGUCCAUGGUUUUAUCCAUGACACGGGAUCUGCCGUGCGCGGGCCCCGGCUCCGGGGCGUGGCAGCCCCGCCCUCCCCGGUCGCCCGUGGGGCCUCGGCGCCCAUCGACCGGCUGCAGCCGGGGACGGCCGGCGCCGGGAGUCAGGAAGGCACGUGCGGGACGAUGGAGGCUCGCAUUUUAUUAGGAUAAACGCAUCACAAGGCAUCGCACCCACGUGUCUACUUCUGCUUCCAUUAAAUAAGUGGCGCUGAGUGCGGUGAGGAGGCUGCGGGAGCUGGAGGCUGCGGGGGCGCUGCGUCUGCUGCUCACGGCGGGAACAAGCGGGCUGUACAGGGCGAAGGCCGUGCGCGACGGGUUGGGGCGGGGCGGCGGCGCGGCAUGCAGCCGGCGGGCGCCAGGCAUUGGCGGGGCCGCGGCGGGCUCGGCUUCGGGACCUUCCUCUCCUUGCAGCAGAGAACCGAACUCGUCCGCAGGGGCGCCGACUCACGAAGCCACAGUGCGCAUGUGCAUCGCUACGGGCCGCCGCCCGCACCACGGCUGGGAGCGUCUAGUUUCCCCAACGUCAGUCAGGCCGGCGUGGCGCUCAGCGCGCAUGCGCACCCGAGCCCCCCGACAUUUCCGCAAACGCUCAAGCAGCGGUUACUCCAGUAUGGCUGCGAAGGAGAGAGAGGGGAGGUCAGCUCGGGAGCAGAGCAGGGAGGCCGAGCCCAGCCGUCACGACUGUCCCGGGGUGCUGGGUGCCCCUCUGUAUCCGGCCUAGCAGUGUAGAGGUGCGGCAGGAGGAGCGGUGCGAGCAGCGUGAUGCCAGCGCGGGACCCGGAUCGCCUUCCCCCUCCGUCCCCGCUUCUCCCCGCCCAGGCCCGGCUCCUGCAGGCCCGAGCCCUGCCGCCUCCAGGGCUGGCUCGGCGGCCCAAGGGUCCCCCCCCCCCCCCCGUGCCGGGCGCAUGCGCGCCCCGGGGACGCAGCAGCCCCGCACUCUCCUCCACCCCCGCACCUCCUGCCAGCUGGGAAACCAACUGGCUCCUGGCCCCCGGCCCAGCACCUGGGCAGGGCGGGCGGCCCCGGCCGGUCGCCGACACCUGACAGCUGAGCGGCCGGCCAGAGGAAGCCAAGCCCGCCUGUGACCUGACUAGCUUCCAACUUAGGGCCUGGGCCUGUGUCCCCCAACGUUCGCUCAUGGGAGCUCGGGGCCUGGGCCUGUCCAGUCUCCUGAGUAGCUAGGACUACAGGCGCGAGCCGCCGACCCCGGCUCAGCUUCAGCAUGCCACUAGGAUCUUUUGGGCUGGGGGGCCGAGGGCCCUGGGGGCCGCCUGGGGGAGGGUCACUUCACCCCGGGGAAAUACUCACGUGGUCGGCGAUGUUGGGAGGCAUUGGAGGAAAACACCACAGUUAGGAUGUUAGCGGCUCACACGGCUGUGAGACUGAGCUCGAACAUGCGCAAACGUUUAUCAGGGUCACGGUGGUCGUUAGUGCCACAUUCAAAUAAAAAUAGCUCUAUACAGUA